AUUCUUCUUCUUCUUCUUCUUCUUCUUCUUCUUCUUCUUCUUCUUCUUCUUCUUCUUCUUCUUCUUCUUCUUCAACAGUUGAAAUUCUCAGAUCCAACUCAGAAUGAUUAAAGUGGUGUUGAAAUUGGACUUACACGAUGACAGAGGGAAGCAAAAGGCCUUGAAAGCAGUCUCCUCCCUUCAAGGGGUUGAAUCGAUCUCCAUGGAUAUGAAGGACAAUAAGCUGACAGUAAUUGGGGAUGUAGACCCAGUUGGUGUGAUUGCGAAGCUCCGAAAGCAUUGGCCCAACGCCGAUAUCUUAACCGUCGGUCCGGCGAAGGAAGAGAAGCCAGCAGCACCGGCAGCACCACCAGCACCGCCGAAGACCCCAGAUGAACUGAAUGAAGAGAUCCUUAAAUGGUACCAAAAAAAUGGUUAUCCCUCCUAUGCUCCUUAUUACCGUGUGUAUAGUGUAGAGGAGAAUCCUAAUUCUUGUGUCAUAUCUUGAAUGGAUCAAUAAACGUUUUGCAGACUGAAUAUCGUCCCAA